CGGACAAAUACCACGGACUUUUAAUUCGAUAGGAACCGACCGUCAGAGCAGGCACGUUUUUGUGACGUCCCAUCUCUGCGUGUGUUCAUGUUGUUCCAACAGUGAAAACGAGAAGAAAACGUGCAUUGAUAUCGUCGGUGAAGCAGAAAAGAUAUUUUUUCUCUAUUGUUCUUUCGGCCUACUCAACGCAGUUUCAAACAAUAUCUUCAGCAUCUGUGCGCCUUGCUGCACUCAACAACAAAAUUGUGAUAUUUGCUAAACUGAGCAAAAGAUUGCAGCAAACCCGAACGACCAACAUUAUUAAUCAUCACAACAAAUAAAUUUGACGGUGUUGAGUGCGGAAAAUCCUUGGUCCGGAUCCGAAGUAGUGGUGCACAACACGCCGUCAAAGUGGCGUCUGACGACGGUGAGGAAAUGGGCGAGGUUGGUGCAAAUGCAACGGAAACGACGGCACCAACGGCAGACAGUAACAACGACGAGCCAAAGGAAAAUGGUGAAGUGAACGGGACGAACAAGAAGGCCAAGGAAGAUGGCAGCACCGUUGUCACCGAGAUAAAAACAGAGAAAAAAGAUGAGAAAUCAGAAGAUGAAGAAAAUGGGACCAGCAGCGAAGGUGAUUGUGCCGUAGAAAAGAAAGCAACUGUGUCCGGAAAGGAAUCGUCACCAUCUUCGAUCUCAGAGAAAAGCGAUGAAACUACCAAGUCGCAGGGUGCGGUCGCAGGGGAAGCAGAAACAAAAGGGAAAAAAGGAAAGAAUAGUAAUAGCGAUAAUGCAGCAGCAGCAGCGCCAUCUGUAGAGCAAAAGCUGCACAGACCCGAUGACAGUAAAGAUAAAACGUCUGAAAAUAAUGAUGUAAAGGCAAAAUCUGAUCUAAGUAGCCGUGAUAGCAGUGAGCGCGUCACUACUGGCAAGGUAGAACAGUCGAAGCCAGCACGGGAUGCGGAAGAUAAAGUGACCCAACUCGUCGAUGAAUCUGAACCAGAAGAGGCAAUGGAUGUAGACGAAGAGGAAAAUGAUGUUGUUGCGGUUGAGUCGGAAAACGGAACACAAAAUGGUGGUAAGGAUGAUGGGAAAGCUGCAAGCAAAGAGUCCAAAACAGUCAGUGCCGGUGGUAAGCAGGUGGAAAAAAUAGCCAAUGAAGAUGAGCCAAUGGAGGUUGAUGGACUAGGGAAAACGACGGCCGCCACCAAUGGUCACAAGGAAGCGAAUGUUGAAGAGGAAGCGGUUAAGCGACCGGAAAAGCCUAAACAUAGUAAAACUGCAACUGAGCAGAAGGAGCAGGAGAGUGAUAGGGUCCUGACAAAGGAACCAUUGGAGGACGAGGAAGACGACAAACCUGUCAGUAUUAAUUCCGACUCCGAUAGCGAGGGAGAGGAAGAACACAGGGUGGAGUCGCAGGAAAAGCGUCGGGCCAGUGUAGAUCAAGUAGAUGCACCACCGGCCAAGGCGGCCAAUGUUAUCCUGGUGGAUGAGGGCGGAUUGGCGAAACUCAGCGCAAGCGGAACCAAGCCUGUGGCAGCGGGUGGAGAAACGGCCAGUGCAAAGAGUACUGUCAACGACAGUGUACCUAGCAACGGUGUUGUUGCCAUUGCCACUAGCAACCAGAACGGUGACUGUGAUGGGGAUUUAACGAUCCUGAGCGACAAGGAAGAUGAUUGUGUGGUAAUUGAGGACGAUGAUGGAGAGUCGGACACUUCCAUGCCGUCCGCUAAUAAUUCCCGGAGAAGCACUAGUAUACAACAAGGUCGAAAGUCUGAAGGUCCCGGUACUCCUUUGGCGGGUGGAUCAAUCAAUCCUCUGACUAUCGCCGCGAUGCAACAGCAACAAAGUCAAGGUGUAGUGUCAUCCAUGGACGAUGAGGAUGAUGAUGAUGAUAUCGAAGAAAUUAUUGACGAUCCUCUUUCGUUAAAUACGGCAAGAAACCUAUCGAUGAGCGGACGGUCCUCGAUCGGUGGCUUCCAAGGUAGUGGUGCUACCAACUUCAAGAACCAGGGGCAAAAGUCUCUUCUAAUGAACAGCAGCUCUACUACCGUUGGUGGUAUUGCAGGGGCCGGCAAAGAACCAACGCUGGUGUUAAUCGAUACCAAUACGAUGAUGAACAACGGUGGCUCGCAGCGCACUUCAUCCAAUCUUGGCGUGACGGUCUCCCCUAACGUAAAUAGUAAUGCCGCGAAUCUAUUAGCAAAGGCCAGUAAUGCCGGAAUCCUUGCAAACGCCAACACCAGUCCGGGGGGACAAUUUAAUUCGCGCAGCUUACUCAAUGCAUCCGGCAUGGUGAACUCAACUUCCGGCGGUGGAAUAGUUAACCAAGGGGUUAUGAUGGGAAAAACGACAAAUACGGGGUUGGCUCCUGUGACACCGCUGCUACCAGCGCUGACCGAUGAUAUGUUUGUGCUGGAGGCACCUUCGUUUAUCGUACCGUACAUAUACGAGAAACCACCGGUAGAUAACCUGCGCGACAUAGUGGACGAGCUGGAGGUGAACAUUAAAGAAUUGCGCAAAAAGCUUGAAGAGUCCGGUGCAGUACCCCCAGCGGAUAAGGUGGUCAACCAAGGUGAUGGUACCGUUGCUCCAGAUCAGAGUAAGGAGGAUGAAAGUAGCAAGAAAGACACGCUCGCAUCCAUAUACGACAAAGAGUCGGAUAAGAAUAAAUACAACAAAAAGCGGAAACGAAACAACGAUGACGAUGACGAUUGGGACGAGCUUGAAACAUCCACCGACGACGAAGCGUCGGACGAGGAGCAGAAAACGAAGGUACUGAUAAAGGAGGCAAAAGCCGAUAUUGAGGCGAUAAAGGAGCACAUCAUUUCGCCGACAGACAAGGAUGAACUCAGCAGCGGUGGUUCGAACGAUCCGAAAAAGUCGGAAAACUACUUUGAAAAUCCCCUGGGCAAGUUCUUCAUGAACAUUGGCAUCAAUCAGGUGCAAGAGUUCGUGCAGACGGAUCUGUUGCGGCAGCAGAAGCGUAAGCGGGACCGCGAAGGUAAACCGUCGCCAAGCACGCAGCUGGCCAUAAACUCGUUGAUGAAGAAUCUCGAACAGAGCAAGGAAAACAACAAACCGUACAAGUUCGAGAUGAAGCGUUGCGAGUACUGCCCGUUCAAGUCGGAAUCGGCGCUGGUGAUGGCACACCACUACGAAACACCGCACAUGCGCAACUUUAUCUUCAAGUGUAACUUCUGCGCGUACGAAACGCGGCCACCGCACGAUAUACUGUACCACAUGGAGGCGGUGCACAACAUUAAGGGCCGGAUGGAGAAGGCCCUGUCGUACCAUCACUGUCCAAACUGUCCGUUUGAGGACAAUGGUAAGUCGAAGCUGGCCCGCCAUGCGGUAGCCUGUGCGAAGAAGUUCCGACCCGAGCUUAACCUCAAUCCGCCAAUCGACUGGGAACCGCCCGCAAAGAUUCCGCGUAUUAAACCGAAGCACGGACUCGUGGGAACGGCGACGGCUUAUCAGGCCAUGACAGCCCAGCAGCAAAAGAACAUCGCUCUUGCCAAUCAGCAGCGCAUCAAUCAGCAACAGGUCGUAUCAACUCCGGUGCAUCUACAGCAGCAACACAUGGCACACAAUCAGAUCCAGCAGCAGCAGCUUGCCGGCGUUGGUCAGCAACAUCUUGGGCUGGCCGGCACGAAUGCGGCCGCCGCUGCUGCCACACUGAACAAUGUCGCCCUGGCAAACCUUUCCCCAGCAGCGCAGGCCGUUGCCAUACGUGCCCGUGCGGCCGGUAUUGGCGGUGGUGUUGGUACCGGUGGUACUGUCGCUGGUGGUCGGGCACCGGCCAUCAUUCCCUCGCCUACGGGUAUUACCGGUGCGGGUGGUGUACGAACGGCCGGUGCCGGUGGUGUCACCGGUGGUAUGAAUGCAAACGCGCUUGCUGCAUCGGCCGCCGCCAUUCGGAACACACUCGCCGGAGCAGGAAUGGUAAUACCCAAUAACCUUCAACUUUCGGCAUCGGCACUAGCCGCUGCUGCUGCGGGAGGAUUUAGUAAAUAUCUGCCGAAAUCUACCAACGCCGGACGAUCUCUUCUAACCAAUUCCAAUGCCUCCAUCACAAUUCAGACUGCAUCCAGUAUGAAAGCGACAAAGACGGCUCAGGCACCAAGCAUCUCGAUAACGCCGCUGCCACGCCAGUCUGCUUCGAACAGCAACAAUGCUGCCGCCAAUAUGUCCAAUAUUGCUGGUGCCCUAUCGAAGCUGCAGGCCCAAGGGACGUCCGCGGUAAAGCCGGGCCAGAAUCCCAGCGGUGGCAAGAUGGCAUUCGUGGUAUGUGAGAUCUGCGAUGGUUAUAUCAAGGAUUUGGACCAGCUACGUAAUCACAUGCAGUGGAUACACAAAGUGAAGAUUCAUCCCAAGAUGAUUUACAACCGACCGCCACUCAAUUGCCAAAAGUGUCAGUACCGGUUUUUCACCGAUCAAGGCCUGGAAAGGCAUUUGCUAGGUUCGCACGGUUUGGUGACGAGCUCAAUGCAGGAGGCUGCCAACAAGGGCAAGGAUGCUGGCCGCUGUCCAGUGUGUGGCCGGGUUUACCAAUGGAAGCUGUUAAAUCACGUAUCUCGCGAUCACAACAUGACCCUGAAACCUGCCCAUCUUUCGUACAAAUGUACCGUCUGUACGGCCACGUUCGGCAUGUACAAACAGUUUGAAAGCCACGUCUAUUCCGCACACAGUACGGUGGCGAAGAAGACGACCGAUGGCAAGGGUAAUAAGGGUAUGGGGAGCGGAGGGCAGCAACAGACCUCAUCCGGCGGCAUGGGUGGCGGAUCAUCUUCUUCCGGUGCCGGGCUAAGGAACCCGUUCGUCGGUGGUGGCGAUUCACUGCUGAAACCGCUAAAGAUUAAUGACGAAAUUACGAUCAUCCCGCAGCCGACAUCCAACAGCAAUAAGAUGGCGAAAAUCGAACUGGAAAGUCAUGUCAUAGAUUAAACCUGUGUAUUAAAACAAGGUAGGGCUAUUUUAAAUCACACAAACUAUAACCGAUGGGAUUGGAUUUUCGCCUAGACGGGAUGAUCAGAUAAGGACCGUGGACCGAGUACAAGCAGGGAAACAUCCUGUCUUUCUUCACACCUAUCUUCUGAUUCUCAGCCCACCCACGCGAUUAUUGUUUCCAUUACGAACCACCAAAUCCUGCAUAAUGUCGGUUUGCUCGCGAAGUCAGAAUCGUGCGACUUGUCGUGAGUAGCGUCCGCGUGGCACACGUGUUAUCGGAGCACCACCGAGUGUGUGCACGUGACACCGUGUAAUGUAACCAACGGAGGAUGAAUUUUAUUAUCCAUUAUUUUCUUCAUAACGUUUUAUUAGGUAAUUUAAUAAUACAAAGCUAGACACGUAUCCUUUUUUUGUAAAGUUGUGUAGGGAAGAAAAGGUAAAAAAAAGAAAAUCUAUGUAAAAUAUUCGGAAUUAAAUUGUGUUUAAAAUAAUAAUAACUACAGCUGCAACUUUUUCUUCUCGUUUGUCAUUUAUUGUUUGGUUAAGCUAUUUUCCAUUCUGUUUUUUUAUAACGGGCUCGUGAGGGGUCGGUGUGACGUGUAUCCGCUGUGUAAUUAGAAUACUAAAUUUACGUUUGUACUUUUCCGUUUGCACGUUCGAACGACGAUCGAGAGACGAUGCGAAAUCAUUUACUUUGUGUUCUUCAAAGAUGGCAAAGCAAUUUCAACAAGUUCCUAGAUUUUUAUCGGGAAGUGUCGUCGUUAUUACACGAUUGUAAUUUCAUUUCAGCAACCUGGUGUGUAGAAUUGGCCAAGGAGAGAAAAUAAUGUUGUACAACGAGAAAUGUGUAUCAAUGAAAAAUAACAAUAGUGCGAAAAUGACUACUGUAGCGUUUACUACUAGACUCGCACCCCCGGUUGAUAGCGAUCUAUCAGAAGGUCGAACGAUCUGAUCGAUCUGAUUAACACUAAAACAAGUUGAGCGAACGAGAAAGAAAAAGGGGGCGAAAUAGAUUGUCUUUAACAUUGCACAGGUUUAUCGUAAAGCAAAACCAAUUCUCUUAUCCAUUAAUACUAACAGACACAAAAAUGGUUAAGAUUAGCGUGCCGGUAACACCGUAAACUAGCACAGCAUAAACUAGUGUAUCAUGAGGAAAGUGCUUAAAAAUAACGAAAUGGUACGCUAGGAAAGCAUAUACAGGUUUUGGGGUAGUGAGAAACAAAAGCGAAAAAAGCGCAAAUCUCACAAAGUUAGCAAGCUUAUUACAAGUCUUAUGUUGGGAAUUGAGCGAUAAAAGUGUAUAAAACAGAUGGGCUAAGUUGAAACUAGAACCACACUCGUUUUAAAAAAAAAAAAAACGAGAAACUUGCACAAGAGUAAAACUAAAUGAGUGGUGUAAUGAAAAAGGAAUGGUACCAUUAAAGCAAAAAAAAAAAACAAAAACAAACAAAAAAUCAUUUACCAUAUGAUACGUUUUGCUCCGGGGCGGUCGUCGUAAAAAGAUUCUUUAUAAUCCAAAUAAACAGUGCAGAUACUUGAA